AUGAGUAAAAAACGAUCCACAGGAUCGAUUACUCGACAGCGUCCUAGUACAAACUCAGGUGCUAACACCAUGCUCAAUCAAGAGAAAUACUCUACUUCGGAAGUUUACAAACAAGCUUAUCAAAGUUUAAUGGACAAUGAGCUCAAUAACCAAACUCUCCUUUCCAACGCUGGAACAGCGUCUAAUCAAACGAUUUCGUCACCUUGUAUAAACAACCUGAAACCUGAUGCAUCUCGAACGAACUCUCCGCUCCGCAGACCUCUCUCUCCUUCAGAGAAAGGGGCCUCCGCGGAUGAAGAUCAUGAACAAUCACCGAACAGCAACAACUCAGGAAACUGUAGAAAGAAAACAAAACAUAUCAAUGACAACCACCAACAACAAGCUGAAUCAUUACCAAGUGAUUUCUCUGGAGACGGACCAUCAAAUAACGUCAAUAUUAAUAUCAAUACAGACAUUACUGAUGCAAAGGUUCUGACUCCUGCUCAUCCUACGGCAUCCGCUUCUUCUUCUUCAUCAAUUAGUAUUGAUAAAACAAUCACUCGAACUCCAAGUAAUAUACUAACAGUUGAAGCGAAAGCAUUCGCUCAAUCACGAUACCCGUUUCCACCGUUUAUACUUCGUUUCGCAACUCCUUACAUAAACGAACAAAAACUCACAGAAGAACUAUGCAAAUUCAUCAAAGCCAAUCACAACUUAGACUUAGAACUAAGUGGAUAUCGAAAAUCCACAUCAAAAUGCUCAAUAAAUGAAUGUGAUUUGUUAAUAUUUGUUAAAAACAGUCGCUCUUUCUCAACUCUUCUGAACUUAAAUAACUGGCCACAAUCAAUUCUAGGUCUAGCUUAUGGCAGACCUUCUACCCCAGCAAUUCCUCCACAGCUUUCUCUAAUUAUCAAAAAUGUUAGCCUCUCCAUCAAUUUCACAGAACUCUCCAACGAAAUCAAAACAUCGUAUUCGAACAUUAGCAACGUCAUACGUAUGAAGAACAAGAACCAAGCAAUAAUAAAAAUGGUAAAAUUAGAAUUCUCGGACUACAAGCAAAGAGACGAAAUUCUAAACAACGGUAAAAUAUUUAUUAACUCUCUUACCUAUGAUGUCGAUGAAUACUUGGCACCAGCAAGAGUAUUAAUCUGCAGCAAAUGUAUGGCCAUUGGUCAUUUUCGAAAGCAAUGCAAACAGGAAAAUGAAACUUGCAGAAAAUGCGGUGAUACAACUCCUGACAUGAAGCAACACCUAGAAUCUUGCUCACAAAUAAAAUGCAAACAUUGCAAUGGUGACCAUAUGUCGAAUGAUAUGAAAUGCCCAACAGUGAAACAAUUUCGUGCAGAACUAACGAAACAACUUCUAGCUCCAACAAGCCUGACCAAUGCACACAUUCCUCAAUACGAUCUAUCUACCUGCGACUUUCCUCCUUUGAAUCCUGCCCAACGACCAACAAUUUUCAAGAAUAGCUCACAUCGAUACGUACCAACAACUGCUCCACAAUGGUCUACUGACUCAAACUCCUCCAAUGCACUCAUGAACAAUAAAAUGGACGUGUUAUUAAACAACAUAAACCAAAUUAAAACAUCACUGGACAAAAUUUGUACUUUAAAUGACAAAUUUGAACAAUUCAUGAAUACAAAAAUCGUAAGUGACGAAAUCCUAGAGAAAAAAGUUGACGACCUGGUCAAAAGAGAACAAGAAUCCAAACUAGGCGUAAUACAACAUGAAAUUAAACUUACAAGACACGACAAUAUUUUUACAAAAGUAAUUAUUCCCGCGCUGGAUGAAACAUUACAAUUCCUCUCCCACAUCAAUACGAAUAAAAACGGCAACGCACAUGAUGCAGACUUUAAAGUGAUUGCAAAUAGACUACGUGCUCAAUUGAACAAUUGUAAACAAGGUAAAGAUUUUUAA